AUGAUACGUCAAGUUGAUCAAUGGUGUCUUGAUUACGAAUCAAAGAUUCGUUCACUAGGAGGUAUCGGUUUUUUCCUGGGUGGUAUUGGUCCUGAUGGUCAUAUUGCCUUCAAUGUUUGUGGUAGUGAUCAUAGGAGUACAACUAGAUUAGCUCAACUUAACUAUCCAACUCAAGCUGCUGCAUCUGCUGAUCUUGGUGGUAUUGAUGCUGUUAAGGCUAAGUGUGCUAUCACUAUUGGUCUUGGUACUAUUACAUAUAACCCUGACUGUGUAUGUAUCCUUAUAGCAGCUGGUGAAGCUAAAGCACCUAUGGUGGCUAAUGGAGUUCAAGAGGAGACUAAUAUUAAAUAUCCUAGCCAUGCUAUUCGUGUAUUACCUAAUGCUGCAUUCUAUGUGACUAAAGGAGCUGCCAAGCUGCUAGUGGAAAGGAAUAUUGUUGAU